CCCCACGCAGCUCAGCAGCUGCUGCGGUGGCGUUUCACAGCCUCGCGGUGCCCGAACUUCAGCCGCCUGCCCCAGAGGGCUCAGCCGGUGAGCUCCAAAGCCUGACCCAGCCCUCCGUGUCCCUCCUGCCUCCCAUUGAGACCAGCGACAGCAGCCUUCCCCAAAGCUUUUCCCCCUCUGCCGCCCCUCCAAAGCCCAACGGGGGAGACCGAGACCUGCUCACUGCUGCUUCCCACUGCCAAGCCAGCUCUGCAAGGAGCUUGCUGGCCCCCAACGUCACUCCCAGCAUGGCCUCAGCGGACACCUACCUGCGGCAGCCCUGGCACCCAGUGCAUGGCAUCCCCAUGGUCUGCGCCUUUGCCCACAACUGGGAACGGGUUGAUGCCUUCCAGAGCCGCCCCGAGGACAUUGUGGUGGCCACCUUCCCCAAAUCCGGCACCACCUGGGUCUGCGAGAUCGUGGACAUGAUUCUGAAAGGCGGCGACGCUGAGCAGUGCAAGCAGGACACUAUUGCCAAUAGGGUGCCUAUGCUGGAAUUUGCCGCCCCAGGGCAGAUGCCGGCAGGCACGGAGCAGCUGGCGGCAAUGCUGUCCCCACGCAUCAUCAAGACACACAUCCCAGCCCACCUCCUGCCCAAGUCGUUUUGGGAAAACCACUGCAAGGUGGUCUAUGUGGCCCGCAAUGCCAAGGAUGUGGCCGUCUCCUACUAUCACUUUGACCUGAUGAACAAGCUGCACCCACACCCCGGCACCUGGGCUGAGUACCUGGAGGAGUUUAUGGCGGGCAGAGUGGCCUACGGUUCUUGGUACGACCACGUGAAGGGCUACUGGGAGCGGAGGAAGGAGCACCCCAUCCUCUACCUCUUCUACGAGGACAUGAAGGAGGACCCACGGCGGGAGAUUGGGAAGGUGGCGCAGUUCCUGCAGCGGGAACUGCCACCAGCAGUGCUGGAUGCCAUUACCCGCAACACCUCCUUUGAGGCCAUGAGGGACAACCCCACUACCAACUACACCAUGGUGCCCAGCACCGUCAUGGAUCACAGCCUCUCCCCUUUCAUGCGCAAAGGCAUCGCUGGUGACUGGAAGAACCACUUCACUGUGGCCCAGAGCGAGCGCUUCGACGAGGAUUACGCCUGCAAGAUGGCGGGGACCGACCUGUGCUUCCGCUCCGAGCUCUGAGGACAGCGGUUGCCCCACGGCCCUCUGCUGCAGCUGAAGACCAAGCCCAGCCAGCACUGAAGGCUAUGCCAGGCCUCCACUGCACCCCCAGGCACUGGAGCUGGGCCUGCUGGAGGGAAAUCAAAUAAAACACACUUAGGAACAACCUCUGGGGCUGCUCUGUCAUGUCCAUUUGUGCUGAUUCACAGAAUCACAGAAUGGUCGAUGUUGGCAGGGACCUCUGGAGAUCCUCUGGUCCAACCUCCA